CCGGCUAAGACGCAGAGCUCUGCGCAAGCCUGUCUCGGCGACAAGGCGAGGAUGCCUGGUGCAUGCUCAAAGCGAUGCUGCCUCUCCCAGCCUCCCAUCGCUGUUGUGCGGCAGGAGGUAGUUCAGCAUGAACUCGUGUCACAGCAGCAACCGCACUGCAUGUGAUAAGUACAAGGGGGACGGCGGCUUAGAGAGCGAUGUCUUUCUUUGCCAGCGCUGUUUGCAGAGGGCAGAUAAGCUGAAGCUCCCUGGAGAAUGCGCAGAGGGAUCACUGACUGUACGGUCUGUUCGGCGCUUGGCUCGUGGUAUUGUUGGCGGUGCCAUGAUACGUUUGUAAUGUAGACGGCUGGGGUGAGCACAGCUUCAAAAAGGAUCGGCGCAGCUAUCACUGCUGAUUGAAUUAAUCCCUAGAGAGCUGCUGGUAAGGUAGUUUUUCAGACAAGACUUACGAGUGGAGCUCAGAGGAGGAAGAGUCGGUGAGGAAGGCAGGACCAGUGCAAGUCCUCAUUGUCAAAGAUGACCAUUCCUUCGAGCUGGAUGAAGCUGCGCUCAACCGCAUCCUCCUCGCAGAGGCUGUCAGAGAUAAAGAGGUCGUGGCCGUGUCUGUCGCUGGAGCUUUUAGGAAAGGAAAAUCAUUCCUGAUGGACUUCAUGCUGCGGUAUAUGUACAAUAAGGAAGCGGUGGACUGGGUUGGAGAUUACAACGAGCCUCUGACUGGUUUCUCCUGGCGGGGAGGCUCCGAGCGGGAGACGACCGGCAUUCAGAUAUGGAGCGAGGUUUUCCUGGUGGACAAGCCCGAUGGUAAAAAGGUCGCAGUGUUGCUGAUGGACACGCAGGGGACCUUUGACAGCCAGUCCACCCUGCGGGAUUCGGCCACCGUGUUUGCCCUUAGCACAAUGAUCAGCUCGAUCCAGGUUUAUAACUUGUCCCAGAACGUGCAGGAGGAUGAUCUGCAGCACUUGCAGCUUUUCACUGAGUACGGCCGGCUGGCCAUGGAGGAGACAUUCCUGAAACCUUUCCAGUCCCUUAUAUUCCUUGUUCGUGACUGGAGCUUCCCGUAUGAAUUUUCCUAUGGAUCUGAUGGCGGCGCGAGGUUUUUGGAGAAGCGGCUGAAGGUCUCGGGGAAUCAGCACGAAGAGCUGCAGAACGUCAGAAAGCACAUCCAUUCCUGCUUCACCAAAAUCUCCUGCUUCCUCUUACCUCACCCCGGCCUGAAAGUCGCCACCAACCCUAAUUUCGAUGGAAAACUGAAAGAAAUAGAUGAUGAGUUCAUCAAGAACUUGAAGAUUUUGAUUCCUUGGCUUCUUAGUCCUGAGAGCCUGGACGUGAAGGAGAUCAAUGGAAACCAUAUCACCUGCCGAGGCCUUGUGGAGUAUUUUAAGGCGUACAUAAAGAUCUACCAAGGGGAAGAAUUGCCACACCCGAAGUCCAUGCUGCAGGCCACAGCCGAAGCCAACAAUUUAGCAGCAGUUGCCACCGCCAAAGACACCUACAGCAGGAGAAUGGAGGAGGUCUGUGGUGGGGACAAGCCCUUCCUCGCACCUAGUGACCUCCAGAGCAAACACCUGGAGCUGAAGGAGGAAGCUGUGAAGCUGUUCCGUGGGGUGAAGAAGAUGGGUGGGGAGGAAUUCAGCCGUCGCUACCUCCAGCAGCUGGAGAACGAAAUCGAUGAGCUGUACGUCCAGUACAUCAAGCACAACGACAGCAAGAACAUCUUCCACGCCGCCCGCACUCCCGCCACGCUCUUUGUGGUCAUCUUCAUCACUUACGUGAUAGCUGGAGUGACCGGCUUCAUUGGCUUGGACAUCAUAGCCAGUCUGUGCAACAUGAUCAUGGGCUUGACACUGAUCACACUGUGCACCUGGGCCUAUAUCAGAUACUCUGGGGAGUACAGAGAACUGGGCGCAGUAAUAGACCAAGUGGCUGCAGCGUUAUGGGACCAGGCUUUGUACAAGCUGUACAGCGCGGCCGCCACGCACAGACACUUGUACCAUCACGCCUUCCCCGCGCAGCGAGACGCGCCGGCCCAGGGCGCCGACAGGAAGAACAUGUGAGUGUCCCCGGGGUGUCCCCAGGGACGUCCCCUCCCCGCCCCCGACCCAGCGGAGAGCGAGGCUGUUGGUUCGGUUUGGUGUUGGUUCGCCGGCAUGUUUUUCGUUCUGUUCAUAUGUACAUAGCGGUACCGCCGCGGCUCCAAAGUGCUUUUGGUUUGUAACAGCCAGCGUUACCUCCCAGCUAAUUUAUGAAGCCUUAUUUUCCUCCUUAAUUAGUUCACUGAAAGAAAACGUAAUUUACAUGAUACCGCAACUAAAAAUCUUCCAGACCUUUGCAAUUCUUCAACAGCCAAUUUAUUUUCAGGUACUUGAACAAGCUGUAACACAUAACCAAUUGUUUUCUUCAAUUAACUAUUUAAUUAAACAUACUUAAAGAUGUAUUAACUUGCUUUAUCAGAAGCUGCAAGGGCACUUCUGCUGUGGUAUGUUCAUGACCUUGUGCGGAAAGCAGAUUUUCCUGUUCGUAAGCGAUGCACAAAGUAUCACUCUGUAUACGUGCUGGAGCAAGUCUCACUGUAUUUCUGUGUAUAUAUUCAUUCUAGUGCAUACAAAGUGUGUUCACAGUUUAUUCUUUUAUCGUCAGGACUAUUAAAGUUGCUUUUGGUUCCUAAGAA